UCCAAGUUUCAGCUUCCACCUUCUUCGUCUCUUACAGACAGACUUCUUCUUCGCCUUCGCCACUACCUAGGUGCCCAGUAUUUAUAUCCCGACGGCGAUUUCCGAUCGAUUUCAACCAGCGUGCCUGGCGCCGCCUCCAAACCUUGUUUCAGCACAAGCACAAAAAGCACUCCACGGCUGAUGUUGUCGACUGGGCAGGGACCCAGACGUAACAGGUUGAUGUUUCCGACACAAAUUCACGACAAUGCAGCCGGCACGAUCCCAGCAGCGUGCGCCGGGCAGCUUCUCGCCCCUACCGGGCAGUGCCGCUAACAGCAUUUCCUCACAGGCUGCGGCAGCUGCGGCCUCGGGCUUCGCAGAAAGAUUAGAUCGACGAGACCGCGAGCGCGCACCAACACCCACGCUAGGCUUGAACACAGGCCGACCACAGAUCCGUAGGAUAGACACAUCAUCGAGCGACGACACGACCCACACAUCGCAGCUAUCUGUGUCCAAGACUCGUAGCCCACGGACCCCGGUUAACCUCGUUAGCCCCCCAUACGGUGGCAGCUUCACCGCGCACCCAAAUACGUCCAGUAGCAGCCUCAACUUCUCCAGACCAACUCGAUCGAACAAUGAACGGACCGCCUCGCCCUUGACGGUGCCGCCCAAUCGCCCCGGUGGCGGCCACCACUCGCGCAAACACUCGCAGACCCAGGGCUUGUUCGAGCCCACCCUACCGAGCACUAGUACCUCGAACCUCACCCAGCUGAGCAUGGGAGAUCGAAGUCCCUCUGGUCUGUCUGCCAGCCAGAUAGCCGCCCAAGCUGCCAUGCAUGGAAUGCAUCAUCAGCAACACAACCGGCACCGAUCGCAGACAGUUCCCUUCCCCGGCAGUGAAAGUCAGGAUCCCACGAAGCGGUUGGGAUCUCGUCCGGGUUCUCGGCCAGGUCAUUCCGCACUGAGUCCACCAAUGCUCAGUCUCACCGAAGCGAGUGUCCCCCGAGAGGGCGGUUUCGGGUACCAGGGAUACCACAAUGGGUUGUCGGGGAACCACUCAGCGGCAGCGGCAGCGGCAGCGGCAGCGAAUGUUGCGUUUCCCAGAUCACCGCAAUCCUCACCUGGCUUGCCAAGCCAGGAACAACAGAGCCCAUAUCCGCCCUCCCUCUCCGUUCCUGAGAAGCCCGCCAAGGCUGAGAAGUCCAAAGUGAAGCUGUUCUCGCGGCCGAAGAAGAUCGACAUAAAGGGAGAGACCAAGGAGAAGCCCUUGCCAAGUCCAGGGAAGAUUGGUUCAGCAUUGGCAUCACUGCAACGAGGGAACUACAGCACCGCGAGUCUGGUUGAUAACCAGUCUAUGUACAGCCUGGCUAACUCGUCAUCCGCGACCAUCCGACCGACCGAUACGCCCGCAGAGAAAGAAGUCAAGGAAAAGGAGAAGAAGCAUCACUUCCUGUCGCGGCAAAAACAUAAGCUCAGCAGCAAAGACGACUACCACCUCCCACUUUCCUCCGCAGCAAGUAAUUCACGCCCCGUCGAUCCAUAUGCACCCUCGAGUCUCUACAACUUCAACCUACCACCCAGUCCUGGUCCCAACAGCACGGCCUUUGGGAAGUCGGUGUCCGGGCUUGACUUGCGACAUGGAGGGCGCGCGCUCCGUGAAAAGCGCAAGGAGGACAAGCUGGGCAUGACGCAUGAUAACGAAUCUGUAUUCACCGUCAACAACUCGGAAUGGCCUGGUCCAAACUCGCUUACGCAGACCACAUCGAAUCCAACCUUCUUCGGCCCGUGGGAACCCCUCGAUGGCACGAAGUACGGGUUGAACAACAUGACACUAGACGAUGCCUGGCCGUACCUGAAGGCGAAGCUUCUCGUCAUUUUCGAGGGCGAAGAUUUACGGCUACCCGUCGAAGACUUCAACCGCGUGGUUGCCAUGCACAUUCAGUAUUGUGUACAGCGACGGUCGGCACACAUCAUAAUCGAGGAUCUACGAGAGCUACUCGGUACGGGUUUUGCGUCACUGGAUCAUACACUGAGGAAAACGCCCGAGGACAGGUUAAUUCCAGCGUUGGUGGAGUUGUGGAUUUUUACUUUUACAAGCAUCUUGCCCUACAUGCAGGCCGUGUUUUUGCCACUCGACCUGGAGUUCGCUGGCAAUGGGACACUGAGUCCCGAGCAAGCCCGCGAAUUCUGGGGAGGUGUCUUGGCCAACUCCCCAGCGUCUGGCGCAUACCUCAACGGCCACUCCUUCGAACCCACAGUUUCCCCAGCAGGCACAAUCCUCGACAUUCGCCGCCUCGUACUUCUUGCAUACCGCGAUGCCAUGAUCCUCCCCCGGUACGACAAGCUGAAGACGAUAUUCAGCCGACUGUCCCUCGAGCAUCUACCCAGUAGUCUCGCAACCCUAGCUCUGGCCUCCCCGCCCCCAAUAAACGACGGCGUCAUCAGCACCAGCCCGCGCGACAGUGAUCCGUACACCUCAGCAACAAACAUCCCUAGUUCUGUCAACCGCCCGGGCACAGCCAUGUCCCUCGACCCCUCCGUCGCGUCCUACAAUUCCUCGUCCUCGACGCUUCUCAACGAAGGCUCGAACCCCAGCCGUUCCCGCGCAAUUAGCAACGUGUCGUACGGCAGUGCCACCUCGGACCACUCCAGCGGCCUACUCCGUCCAUUUACGCCUCAAACCGCACGGGAAGGAGGGUUCAGCAGUGGGAGGGACAUACUAGGCAGCGUCCGUGAGCAGAACGUAGAGGACAGCAAACAAGUCACCGACAUGGUCGGCCGCAUGCUGCAAUGCAUGUCUGUCCUGGCCUCCGUCGGAUCCUCGGGUCUCGACCCGUCAACCUCGGCUUUGUCUAGUACUGGUGGGGGUGGGAGUCUCAGCACUGUCUCAACUGGCAAUUCAUCGGCAGACGAAGGGGCUAGGAUGGUGAGCGAGCUGGGCAGACUCCUAAAGUUGAACUGGCUAGGUCGAGGACGCACGGGCCGGAAUCGACGCGGAAUUGUGGGAGGGCGUGUUAGGAGGGAGGAUAGCGGACAGACCGGUCUUGGGAUUGCUGGCAUGGGCAAUACGGUUUUGAGAGAGGGGGUUGGGGCUGCUGGGUAGGGACGGUAAACUGCCAGUCCCUUCAGUAAUACGAUGAUCUGAGCAGCCAGAGGGACAGGGAAGCGAAAAGUAGAGCUGGUUGUUUUGAGUACAAACGCCGGAGUUUUGUUAGUCCAGGCUAGAUACCCUUAUCCAUUAUCUCCUUUGCGAUCCAAGUGUGCUAGGAACUUCUUGUGGGAGUAAGGAGACUGGGGGGCAUACGAUACAACACAGGGG